UCUCCAACACCAAUUCACAUGCAGCAAGCAGAAAUAUUACAAAAUGGCCAAACACAACUUAUUAGCUUUCAGUUUGAUCAUAAUGCUUAGUUCCAUAGUUCCAACAUUUGCAAAAACCACAACACCAUUGAAUGAAACUUGUGUAGAUGACAUAGGUUUUAAUCUCCAAUUCAGCAUUUACCAAGAAAGCUGCCCAGAUGCAGAGGCUAUAGUUUAUUCUUGGGCUGAAACUGCAAUUUCUCAAGAUCCAAGAAUGGCAGCUUCGUUGCUUCGUCUUCAUUUUCACGACUGCUUUGUUAAUGGGUGUGAUGCAUCAGUGUUGCUGGAUGAUACUGAUAAUUUUGUUGGUGAAAAAACUGCACCACCUAAUUUGAAUUCUUUAAGAGGAUUUGAAGUGAUCGAUUCCAUUAAAUCUGAUCUGGAAUCUGUCUGUCCUGAAACUGUAUCCUGUGCUGAUAUUCUUGCAAUUGCCGCCAGAGAUUCUGUGGUUCUAUCGGGUGGACCGAGUUGGGAAGUUCAAUUGGGCAGGAAAGACAGUCUGAGUGCUAGCAAAGCUGCAGCUUCUAACAACAUUCCAGCUCCAAAUUCUACGGUGGCAAUAUUAGUAGCUAAGUUUCAAAAUGUUGGACUCACAUUAAAUGAUGUGGUCGCUCUUUCUGGUGGGCACACUAUAGGCAAGGCCCGAUGCUCAACUUUCAGAUCUAGACUACAAGGACUGAGCGCCUCUAUCGGCGGUCCUGACGUUAAUAUAGAAUUCAUUCAGUCGCUACGACAACUAUGUUCGGAAUCUGAGAGCACUACAACGCUAGCACAUCUCGACUUGGCUACACCAGCGACAUUCGACAACCAGUACUAUAUCAAUCUUCUUUCGGGUGAAGGAUUACUCCCAUCCGACCAGGCCCUUGUGACCGAUAAUGAGCAAUCGCGUAGGAUUGUUGAAUCCUAUGCAGAGGACGCGUUAUUGUUCUUUGAUGAUUUCAAGAAUUCAAUGCUAAGAAUGGGAAGCCUAGGGAAACUGACUGGGAACAGUGGGGAAAUACGUCGGAACUGUAGGGUUGUUAACUAAAACUAAUGCUCAUGAACUUAACCUAAAUAAAAGAAUCUCGUAUUAAAGUA